AUGUCAACACCAAAGAACAUCCUGCUCACAGGCGCGAGUCGGGGCAUCGGGCUCGCCAUCGCCAAGUUCCUGCUCAAGGAUGGCCACAGAUUAUUCCUCGUCGCCAGGACCGCUGCACCGAUGGAGGCGUUAAAGAAGGAGUUUCCAGGACAAGCUGAGUUCUUAGCAGCCGAUCUGGGGGAUUUUGAGGUCGGACCAAAAGCCGUCUCCCUCGCACUCUCAGCAUUUACAACCCUCGAUGCUUUGAUCCUCAACCACGGCACUCUCUCUCCCGUCAAGCGAAUCGCAGAUAGUAGCCCAGAAGAAUGGCGUAAAACCUACGAUGUCAAUUUCUUCAGCUUACUCGCAUUCAUUCAACCUGCGAUCCCAACCCUCAGAUCUAGCAAGGGCCGCAUAAUCCUCACCUCCUCAGGCGCAGCGUCCAGCACCUACUCGACAUGGGGUGCCUAUGGCUCCUCCAAAGCAGCAAUGAACCAUCUCGCCGGAACGCUCGCCACUGAAGAGCCAAACAUUACUUCGAUUGCUAUCAGGCCAGGUGUAGUUGAUACUGACAUGCAAACUCAAGUUCGGGAAUCUCACGGAGUCAUGGAUGGCAAGGACGCGGAGAAGUUCAAGAGUUUGUUUGUUGACGGGAAGUUGUUGAAGCCGGAGCAACCUGGGAAUGUCAUGGCGCGGCUGGCUUUGGGUGCCGAGGAAGGGCUGAGUGGGAAGUUCUUGACCUGGAAUGACAAGGAGCUUGCCAGGUAUCAAGAUUAA